GUGAAUAUCAAACAUCACCGCCGGGUCAAACAUCCUAUCCUGCUGGGUACAAAUAAAAACAUGCCGUACAAAUACUGAUUAAAGUUGAUUUUGCGUUAAGCGUGGAUCAUCUGCCAUAUAGUUGUUGAUUAUUUGUGCAAACAAUUGUUCAUAGUUUCGAGCAGUUUGUUAAAAAAAAUGGCUCCGACGAUUCAGUCCCAAUCCCGAGAAGACGGACACAGUCGGCAAUCCUCUCAUAGAACUGUUCCAGAAAGGUCAGGGGUGGUCUGUCGAGUGAAGUACUGCAACAGCCUGCCGGACAUUCCCUUUGACCCCAAAUUCAUCACAUAUCCAUUUGAUCAGCACAGGUUUGUACAGUAUAAAGCCACCUCUCUAGAGAAGCAGCACAAGCAUGAACUCCUGACUGAACCAGACCUCGGGGUCACCAUUGAUCUCAUCAACCCAGACACUUACCGCGUAGACCCAAGUAUACUGUUGGAUCCUGCUGAUGAAAAACUGUUGGAAGAGGACAUCCAGGCUCCAGCCAGUUCAAAGAGGUCACAGCAGCACGCCAAAGUGGUGCCGUGGAUGAGAAAGACAGAAUAUAUUUCUACAGAGUUCAACAGAUAUGGCGUUUCUAAUGAGAAAGUGGAAGUCAAGAUCGGUGUAUCUGUCAAACAGCAGUUUACAGAAGAAGAAAUCUACAAGGACAGAGAUAGCCAGAUUUCUGCUAUUGAGAAAACAUUUGAGGAUGCACAGAAAUCGAUUGCACAGCACUACAGUAAACCCAGAGUUACUCCCGUGGAAGUAAUGCCUGUGUUCCCCGACUUCAAGAUGUGGAUCAACCCAUGUGCUCAGGUCAUCUUCGACUCUGAUCCUGCGCCUAAAGACUUGUUGGCACCGCAAGGAGUGGAAAGGAUGUCACAGGCUAUGAUCAGGGGUAUGAUGGACGAGGAAGGCAAUCAGUUUGUGGCCUACUUCCUGCCCAAUGAAGAAACAAUCCGCAAGCGCAAGAGGGAUUGCGAUGAGGGCAUGGAUUAUAUGCCUGAGGAUCUGUAUGAUUACAAGAUAGCCAGGGAGUACAACUGGAAUGUCAAGAACAAAGCCAGCAAGGGCUAUGAAGAGAACUACUUCUUCAUCUUCAGAGAUGGAGAUGGUGUUUACUACAAUGAACUUGAGACAAGAGUGCGUCUGAGCAAGAGGAGAGCCAAGGCUGGAGCGCAGUCAACCACAAACGCUGUGCUGGUGUGUAAGCACAGAGACAUGAACGAGAAGGAACUUGAAGCCCAGGAUGCACGUAAAGCUCAGCUGGAGAACCAUGAGCCAGAAGAUGAAGAGGAAGACCUGGACUUGCUUAAGGACAUGCAGGACUCUGGUGAUGAGAAAGAGAAGGGCAGUGGCAGUGAGGCAGAGAACUCUGGCAGUGACUCUGAGCGGGAGGAGGAAAUACCGGAACAAAAACCAGAGGAAAACGUGGAGGAACAGGGCAAAGAGAAACGUAAGAGGACGACAAGCGGCAGUGGGAGCGAGAGCGGCGGGGAGAGGACCAGAGAAAUGCGAGAUGAGGAAGAGAUCUUCGGCAGUGACGAUGACAGUGAAGACAACGAAGAGGAGAACAAGACCUCAGCCAGGAGCAGCGCGGCGGAGGGAAGCGGCAGUGAGGAUGAAGGAGCGAACAGAGGAGGCAGCAGGAGCCGCAGCGCCUCUCCAGCACACAGCGACCGCAGCAGCGACCACUCGGAGACCCGGGCUCAGAGCGGGAGUGGCAGUGAGAGAGCCUCAGACUCCAGUGACGCCAGUGACAGUGAAUGAGAUCUGUGAUCAGGACAGCAAGGUGACGGCCACCUUUCUUGCCUGUAUGUUCAUCUCCAAAACAUCGGCCACUGACCAUAACAUUAGCGCAGUCUGGGGAUGUAGCUUCUAUAUUGCAAAUAUUAAACAUCUCUUUCCAAACACCUUUUUAAUUGUAGAUUUAAAUCACACACCUGUAGCCAUUUGUACACCGUAUUCUUAAAGGAUCAUGUAAAAAUGUCUUUGUUCUCUCUGUUUUUGACUUGUCAUUGUGUUACGGCUUCGAAGCAGAUAAUAAAAUACAGGUGGAUUUUUUUUGUAAGAA